GUUUGUACUGUCUUUGAAUACAGCGGGACGUCUGCUAACUUAAUGUUAGCAUUUUCACGCAUUGCAGUUAUGUGAGUUGAGCCUGUUAGAAGUGUUGGGAAUGCAGCCCCUCCUGCCACCGGAGGCUGUCAGGGAGCUGGUGAGCUCCUGUCUGCACAGAGACCCAGUAGCUGCUGACCUCCGCUGCAGCCUGUUUGUUGCUGCUGCACAGAGCUACAAGAGGGACUCUUUGCUCAGACCCUUCCCUCCCCGAUACAUAAAUCUUAAGAUACAAAAGGACUUUGAGGAUUUGUUGGCAGAUGUUGACUCAUUGCCUGGUGUGAGAGAUCUGGUGAGACUACAACCUGGAGAGGGAGAUCAUCAUCUGGCUCUUGUACACUGGAUCCUGUCCUCAAAGAGCCUUGCUGUAAACACACUGGAAAGGGAUGAGUAUGCCAAACUUUGUAACCUGAUGGAAAGUGAUUGUACUUCUGCACCUGCGCCCAACUUCCUGUUUGAGCUGGAGUACUCGGAUCACCUGAACACCAGGUUUGAGAAGACUAGAGAAGGGCGAGAGGUUUUCUAUGCAUUCCAUGGGAGCCGACUGGAGAACUUUCACUCAAUCAUUCACAACGGGCUGCAGUGUCACCUCAACAAGAACUCAGUUUUUGGAGAAGGGACCUACCUCACCAGUGACCUCAGCAUGGCUCUGCUCUACAGUCCCCACGGCAGCAGCUGGAGAGAAAGCAUCCUGGGUCCAUUCCUCAGCUGCGUGGCCUUGUGUGAAGUCAUUGAUCAUCCUGAUGUUAAGUGCCAAGUGAAGAAAAAAGAUUCCGAUAUCAUCGAUAGGCGGCGUUCGCGAGCGAGGAACAGCGAGGGUGGUGAUGUACCACAGAAAUACUUUAUAGUCACCAAUAAUCAGCUUUUACGAGUCAAGUAUCUUCUUGUAUACUCUCAGGGGAAACACCUGUCCAGGAAUUCCCGCAGCAGGUCGUGGCUCCUAAGACACCAUUUUGCCAUCAUGAUGAGUCUCUAUCUUCUGCUCCUCAUAUUCAUUGGGGCCUUUAACUCCACCCCCUUCAUCUCCUUCUGGAACAGACUGUUCAAGUGAUGAGAAGACUUGAGAUGUUUAUUAUCUGCAGUGCCUUUCUGAUCAGACCAGAUUGGAGGUCUGUGCAAAGACUGAGUUUUAUACACCUUUAAUACAGUUUCUUCUGACUAUAGUUCUAUUUUUGUUCCAAUAAAUUUAUAUAUAGACAUUCAUUCUUAUAUAUCUUUAUUAGCAGCAACUCUUGAGGAUUUGGUUUUGUUGAGGUAAGAAGGCCACUGUGUAUUUUAAGUAAAAUUUCAGUCUUUAUUGUGUAAUUUGGGUGGUUUAGUAAAGUUCUGGGGGACAAUUUCA